UAAGUGCGUCUAGGGCCGGGAUUCUCCGCUCGCCCUGCCGCGCGCGACCUCAGGGUUCCCCGCGGUCCUCACCCCCGCGGCCCAGGGCGCUCUGUGGGCCUCGCUCUCCCACAGCUGCCGGGGUCCACGGGCCCGAAGGCGACCUUGGACCAGCCCUGGCGCCGGGGAGCCCCCGGUCUGGGCCUCGGGCGCGGGGCGGGCGGAGGCGGGGUGCACUUCCGCCCUGCCCCCGAGGCCGCGCCUGGCCGCCGCGCUGCAAAGUUUAGCGUCUCUGAAGUUGGCGUGGCGCGUGCCGCUCGGGAGGUCUCGGCUGAGGAGAAAGCGGCGCUGCCUUGGGGUGCGGUGUGGGGGUGGGCACAGCCAUGUCGGACCUGCUGCUACUGGGCCUUAUCGGGGGCCUGACUCUGCUGCUGCUGAUGACGUUGCUGGCCUUUGUCGGGUACUCCGGGCUGCUGACUGGGGUGGUGGUGAGUGCCGGUUCACCUCCUGUCCGCAACAUCACUGUGGCCUACAAGUUCCACAUGGGGCCUUACAGAGAGAUUGGGCGGCUUUUCACCGAGAGCUGCAGCGUCUCCCCCAAGCUCCGCUCCAUCGCCAUCUACUAUGACAACCCUCACAUGGUGCCCCCUGAGAAGUGCCGCUGUGCUGUGGGUAGCAUUCUGAGUGAAGGUGAGGAGUCACUCUCCCCGGAGCUCAUCCAGCUUUACCAGAAAUUUGGCUUCAAGGUGUUCUCCUUCCCGGCACCCAGCCAUGUGGUAACGGCCACCUUCCCCUACAUGACCACCCUGUCCAUCUGGCUGGCUACCCGCCGUGUCCAUCCUGCCCUGGAUGCCUACAUCAAGGAGCGAAAGCUGUGUGCCCACCCCCGGCUGGAGAUCUACCAGCGAGACCAGAUCUAUUUCAUGUGCCCGCUGGCACGGCAGGGAGACUUCUAUGUGCCUGAGGUGAAGGAGACCGACCGGAAGAGCCGGUGGCCUUUGGAAGACAGCGAUGCCCAGGUGGACAGCACAGGAGCUGACACGAUGAGUGACACAAGUUCUGUAAGCCUGGAGGUGGGUCCUGGCAGCCGGGAGACAUCAGCUGCCACACUGUCCCCUGGGGUGAGCAGCCGUGGCUGGGACAACGGUGACACCCGCAGCGAGCACAGCUACAGCGAGUCAGGUGCUAGCUGCUCAUCUUUUGAGGAGCUGGACCUGGAGGGUGAGGGACCCCUGGGGGAGCCACGGCUGAGCCCUGAAGCUGAGCCUCUGGGGGCUGCCAAGUGGCCCCGGGAACCCAGUACCCCUGAGAGGGACGAGGAGUAGCUGGGGCCACGCUCAGUUGCCAAGGACUCUCCAGCCCUCUUCUGCCUUCACCUCAGGCCAGCUGGGGCCAGGGGUCUCAAGGCCUGACCUCCACCGCCUGCCCGGGGCCUCUGCCUAUGCCUUCUCACUGCCCUCAUGGCUCCUAAGGCCAGGGGAGCCAGGGACUGUUUUCUGCACCCAGACCCCUGGGCUGCUGCCGUUACAUCUCUUUUCAGGUUCACGUUGGAGAUUCCAGGGCCCAGAAUAAAGCAAAUGAUUUUCUUGUUUCACCUGGA